GUGGUCUUCACAACCUUGGAAACAAUUACGACAACACAUACCGCUGACGAUACAAACAAUAUUCUCAAAGGACGUCUUUCCAGUUCCGUGGUUCUCAGGAACAGAAAUUGCUCGCCAUGUCUUCACGUAAACGCAAUGAAUGGCUCGAUGCCGAAGAAAGCGACGACGAUGAGCGCAGCUACGAGUCUGAAGAGGAAAGCCGAGCACACACUCUACCUUCUGCCAAACGCCAAAAAACCGCACAAUCCUCCGAAGAUGAAGCCUCAGACGCCGAGUAUAACUCAGACGACGAUGCAGAAGUAGACGACGACAACGACGACCCCAUUUUUAGCAAAAACGCCGAACUUGCUCGUCUCGAGGAGAUUGCCGCUGGCCUUCCCCAAGAUCUGAGGCUCCAGGCAGACAAACUGAGUGGGAAACCAAUCGAAUUGAAGGCGCCUACGAAGGACAAAUCUGGUGUAAUCUACAUCUCCCGCGUCCCACCGUUUAUGAAGCCGACCGUCAUGCGCUCCCUCCUCAUUCCGUAUGGCCCUGUCGGUCGCAUAUUUCUCACCCCAGAAGACACAACAUCGCGGCAACAGCGCCUGCGUGGUGGCGGCACACGGCGCAAACUGUACCUGGACGGCUGGGUCGAGUUCACGCACAAGCGUGACGCUAAAUUCGUUGCGGAAAACCUGAACGCGCAAACUAUGGGCGGCAAGAAGAGGGGACGGUGGCACGACGAAGUCUGGAACAUCAAGUAUUUGACAGGUGUUAAGUGGGCGCAUCUCGUGGAACAGAUCCAGAACGAAAAUGCGGAGCGCGCGGCGCGGUUGCGCUUUGAGAUCACACAGAGCAAGAAGGAGAACAAGAGGUUUUUGGAUAACGUGGAGAGAGGAAAGAUGGAGAGCGGCAUCAAGGCGACGAGAGAAAGGAGGGGCGAGGGCACGGACGAUGCGCUGCAAGAAUCGAACACGGCAACAGAAAGCAAGCCAAAGAAGAAGCGGAGGCUAGAGUUCAAGCAGCACGCGGCGACCAGUAAGGCUGACAAGAAGCCGGCGCCGGGGCAGGAUGUGAAUAGGGUGCUUAGUAAAAUCUUUUGAGCGAGUGCGUAAAGAACGAUAUCAACAUACAUGAAAUUGUUCUAUCGUAACUCUUUGGUUUCCUUAUCCCGGUA